ACCGCCUUUGCGCCGGGACACAGCAGGCGAGGGUCCUGCCAGAGCCGGCUUCUGCUGCCCCUUACCGGCGCUAUGGCCUGCGGGCUGGCAUUCGAUCUUCCUGCGGCCCCGCUCGCCCCUGUGCGUCCCCGGGGCGCGAAGGUGUCCUGAGCUGAGCUCUGACUCAGGAUGUUCCGGCGCCAGCCCAUGGACAGGACCCCGGCUUACAAGCCCAAGGGGUAUCCCGACGGGUCCACCCGACGCCGCGCCCUUCAGCAGCUACAGAUGCUGCUGCCCACGCUCGACGGCCGUGCGGGGCGAGGCGCAGACGGCGCGUGGUGGCGGGACCGCAAGUCCCAGCACCUGUCUUCCCCGUCCCCCGAGUCCCCGUACGCUUCGCGGGGCCGUGGGGCCCUGCGUGCGCUGCUGCUGCCGCCGCUGCUGCAGAGCAGCUUGACCCGGGAGGCGGGGGCUCGGGGGAACCGGCAGCCGGCGGACCGGGACAACCCUGACGCCCUGGGCACGCUGCUGGGGGAACUGCUGCCCAACAAGUUCCGCCACUUCCUUCACCAGCUGCGCGCCAAGAUCGCAGAGCCAGAGGCGGACCCACCCUCAGCGCCACAGUACUCCAGCAGUCCAUCCGAGCACUGCCCAGCUUCUCGGUGUUCCAGCAGCUCUUUCCUCCCAGACUCGUGGGACCAACCAUUGAACUGGGACGACAGUUUUAGAGAGAAGACUACCCUGGGGCUCCCAAAAGGUGAAUUCGUCAGAGCCAAAAAGGCCCAUCCCCCCUCUGGAGAAGGCUCAAGACCCCGCAGACGGUAUUGUCCUUUCCGGGUGCGAUUCGCAGACGAGACCUUGCAGGAUACAGCACUCCGGUACUGGGAACGUAACCGGGCAGUCCGGCAGAAUAUCUUACCGAGCGAGCAGACGGCUUUGCCAGCUGUAUCUGUGUCAGAGCGAGUGCUUGGGAGUGUUGGGAGAUGGUUGGACAGUCUGCCCAGAGCCCUUCAACCCAGGGUCCAAGACACCGCGGCUAGCUCCUCAUGCUGGAACUGCCCCCGCGAGUCAGCUCAGGAACCACAGCUCUACCUUUCUGAGGAUGCCACCGUGAGCAGCCGCCUACCCUUCAUCUCCAGGGCCACCGCCCCAAGGCCAAGGGGAGGCCUAAGAACCUUCCUGGACACCCCUAACAAUCCGGAGCAGGUGGGCAAAUCGCCCUGUCCCGGGAGCCAGAAGCUGGAAUCCUUUCUGCCCAGUUUGGUGCUGCAGACCGUUCUAAAGCAAGGCCGCCCUAAGGGCUACCAGCUCCUUCUGCCGACCACAAACCGGCAGCAGGCUCACAGGUCUUUAUCGCCACCUGCUGGCCCUUGAAGAAACGGCUCGGACUCGGCGCGGAGUGGAGUCUAACUGGGAGGACCGAAUGCUGGGGGUUUGGGCUGGACUGGGCCGGUCAUCUUAGGGACCAGAUGGGCUGGGGAUGAUGAAGGGCUGAAGAAAGGUAGAUCCGGACCCGGUAUGCGACGCGAUGCGUCAACGUCAUCUGCGCUGGGCUGGAGCGGGCCUCGGUCCCUUUCUGGGCUUUCAGGCUGAGACCCAGGACGUGGAAUUCUGGAGUGCUGCGCACCGCGGGUGCGGGUUCUGCCUCUGUUUCCCCGGCCGCCUGCAGCGCCGCGCCGCACCGCGCGGGGGCAGUGUUGGCCUGGCUUUGCGCCGCGAAACUUCAGCUCUAGUCCGGUGUUGAAAACUUUCCCUUAGGCAG